AUGGCCAACUCUACGAACGCCCCUAGUCACCCUUCUUAUGCAGAGAUUUUAAAAGACAAUGCACUUCCACAGACGGAAGAAGAGAAGGCUGCUCCCCUUCCUCCUCAGGUCGAACCUGUUUUUGCCGAACAGCACCCUCAGAGAGACGAAAAAGUGGUUGUCUUAGACGAACAGGACGCCGGUUCUUAUUUGCAUCCUGGCGUGCCUGGUGAAGACGAUGGAAAGGAAGAAACCCAUGGCAAGAAAAAGGGAGCAAAUAAGAAGAAAGAAGUUGAGAAAGAAUACAAAGGUUUUAUCGAAAAAGUUUCCGGAUUUUUCACUGGAGGCGGUAAGACUUCUGCUUGUGCUGCCAUUUCCCUCGAUCUUGCCGGUAUCGGUGCUCUCUCUGCCUACUUGUUGAAUCGCCGUCAAACAGAAAGCUUGACUAACCGUUCCUUGUAUACUUGCACUGCUUUAGCUGGAAUCCUGUUGGCUACCACUGCCAUUGUGUAUAAAAAGCCAAAAGUUUGCAAGAGAAAAACUACCUAA